AUGACAAGCGAACUGAAAGUCGGCUUGGUAGGAGUCCCACGCGGCUCAGGGUUUAUCCGGGCGUUCCAAACUGUGAAUGAAACUGCCCUCGUUGCCAUUUGUGAUAUUAACACCGAAGUCCUAAAUCAGGUGGGCGAUGAGCAUGGGAUUAAGGAGCGAUACACAGACUUUGAGCAGAUGGCAAAGUCAGACCUCGAUGUGAUUCUUGUCUCAACACCGAUGCCUUUGCAUGUUCCCCAAGCCGUCAUCGCACUUUUGGAAGGAAAGCACGUUCUCUCCGAAGUUCCCGCUGCAACGGAUCUUGAACAGUGUUGGCACCUCGUCAACGCCGUCAAACAGAGCGGGAAAAAGUACAUGAUGGCGGAAAACUACACCUACAUGAAGCCGAAUGUGUUGGUGCGUGAACUCGCUCAGCGUGGAUUGUUUGGCGAGAUCUACUUCGGUGAAGGUGCAUAUAUUCAUGAAUUGAAGGCGGGCAGCGAAAGAACAAAGUGGCGGCGCAAAUGGCAAACCGGACGCAACGGAUCAACGUAUCCGACACAUAGCCUCGGUCCCGUGUUGCAAUGGUUCGGCGAGCGCGUCUGCACUGUUUCCUGCUUCGGUACAGGGCACCAUUAUCACGAUCCGCGCGGUGCACAUUACGAAAAUGAAGAUAGCACGACAAUGAUGUGCAAGACGACAAACGGCGGGCUGAUCGAAAUCCGGGUCGAUAUGUUGUCCAACCGUCCGCACAACCUCACCUAUUACAGCUUGCAAGGGACGCAGGGCUGCUACGAGGCACCACGGGGCUUUGGAGAUGCUCCGAAGAUCUGGUUGGCGGACUAUGCCGAGAAGAUGGAGUGGUGUUCGUUGUGGGAUUUCGAGGAGGAGUUUAUGCCAGAGAUGUGGCGCAAUCCGCCGGAAGAAGCCUUACACGCUGGACACGGUGGUGGCGAUUACUUCGAGAUUCGUGAGUUUGUCGAUUCCAUUAUCAACGAUACGAAGCCUCCAAUUGAUGUUUACGAAGCCCUUGAUAUGACGGUGCCGGGGUUGGUUUCGGAGGCAUCAAUCAAUCAAGGUGGGAUUCCGCUGCCUGUGCCCGAUUUCCGGGAGAUCCAGAGUUUUCCAGAUGGUCUGCCAGAACCGUUGCGAGAUAGUGAGAUUAUCUCGGUUCAGUUAUAG